AUGAGUAGUAAUUCAAAUGAUGUCUUUGGUGAUUUUGCUAAUUUUUUUAAACAACUUUUUGCAUUGGAUACACCCGAUCAAAUAGGUACAUUUUUUCAACAAUAUUGGUAUGUUUGGUUAAUCAUAUCGAUAGGUGUUGUUGCACUUAUUGUAGUGAAUACACUUAUAUGUUGUUACUUCUGUCAUCAUCGAAAAUUAAAUGAAAUUGAUCCAAAAACAGGUGAAAAACGUUUACAUAAUAAAGAUUGGGGUAUUGCCAAACCAACACAAACAUUAUUUGUACCAAUUGAACGAAAUUCACAAGAAGAUGUAGAAAAUCCAUUAAUGAUUGAUGAUUAUGAUGAUUCAAAAUUUUCUGUUGAAGCAUUAAUGUCACAUAAUGCAUAUCGUAUACAACAUGGUGCACCACCAUUACAACAAAAUGAAUAUUUAAAUAAAGCAGCAACAGAUUGGGCACGUCAAUUAGUUAACAUGAAUCAACUUAAGCAUAGUCCUGAUCAAUGGAGACGUUAUAAAGGAUCAGUAUUAGGUGAAAAUUUAGCUUAUUUUAUUGGACCUGUACUUAAAGGUGAUCGUCUUACUGAAACAUGGUAUCGAGAAUCCCAGCGACAUGAUUUUAAUGCUGAUUUACAAGAAAAUAGUCUUCAUUUUUCACAAUUAGUUUGGAAAAGUACAAAAGAAGUUGGUUUUGGUCGCUGUCAAACACAAGAUAAAAAACAAUGGUAUGGUGUUGCACUUUAUUAUCCACCUGGUAACUUUCCAAAUCAAUAUGCAGCAAAUGUACAAGCUUUGAGUCCACUUGAAGAGUAUCGUCUUGCUUAA